AUGAAACCGUUCGCUUGCAGCUCGGAUGCGCGGCUGCAGCUGCUGAGCCGCUACUGCGCCCAGCUCAAGGCGCCCCGCAGCGAGGGCUUCCUGCAGCAGGACCUCAGCGGUGCGGCGCAGCUGCUGGCAGAGGUGCGCCAGGUAUUCCUCGCCAAUGGGUAUUGCGCUGAGACCAUAUUGAAGGGUACAAAGGCAAGCUCAAUGUCCGAGUUCAUCUUCGUGGAAAGCCGAGCUGACCAGCUAGAGCAGGGCCUCCUUGAGAAUGUAGAGGAGGCAAACCCCAUGAAGGAGGGUUCUGGGCCAAAGAUCCCAGUGGACUUGGUGGACUUGGUGCGUAUCUUCCUGCUGCAUCGCGUGCUCCCGCUGUCACGCCUUUGCCAGCUCUUCACGCCAGAGAGCACCAAGCUCUUGCUGCAAUUGCGGGCCGUGACUGCAUUGGCCGGCAAUGGCUGUCGCAUGGUGGAACCUGAGGAGGCCAUGGCAGCCAUCGAUGCAAACAGCUUCAGCUGUGGUGCCUUUUUUGUCAUGUCCAACGUGGCAAUCUGGCCGGUGGAGGAGGACCUGCUGAUCGCCACGGAUUUUGAGCAGACCUUCUCCUCUGAGGGCUUGGAACCAGUGAUGUACAUCUCCGAGGACUCGCUGGCAUUGGCGGCAGCAGCGCCCCGGCAUCCAGUCUCUUCGGUGCUGGACAUUUGCUGUGGCAGCGGGGUGCAGGGCCUGGUGGCCCUGCGCAGCUACGCCGAGCGCGCCAGCUUCGUGGACCUGAAUCCUCGGUCCCCGCACUUCGUCCGCUUCAACCUCGCACUAAAUUGCAUGACGCAGAAGGCGGAGGGGAUCUAUGAGGGCAACCUCUACAACGCUCUUCCGCAGGGGAGGCGCUUCGAUGCCGUGUUGGCCAACCCGCCCUUCGUGCCGAACCCCCAGGGCAUUGCCUCCGGCGCUGGGGCCAUGUUCGGCAACGGCGGCGACUCAGGCGGGGCGGCUGGGGCUGGGAGGGGGUGGAAGUGGCGUGUCUUGCAGCAGAUCCUGCAGGGCGCCGCGCAGCACGUACUGCUGGGCAGCCCCAGGAAGCAAGCCUUGACCAUGGCCUUCCAGGGAUUUUUCUGA